AGGAACCGGAAAUAAGGAGCAAAGGAAGAAGACAUAGCGCAAUAGGGACGUCAGGUUUGGGUUCGAUUGUUUUUCCUCAGAUAAUUUUCUUUAAUCUCAAAUUUCUGUAGCGGAAAAAAAUCAACCUGCAGAAAUGUUUAACCGAAUGACGAGUCUGUGGAUGGGCGACUUAGACCCAUACAUGGAUGAAAAUUUCAUCAAGCAAGCUUUCAGCACGAUGGGGGAGACGGCCUACGGGGUCAAAAUUAUAACCCAUCGCGUAACGGGAGGUUCUGCAGGAUAUUGUUUUGUGGAAUUGGCAGAUGAAGCCAGUGUUGAUCGCUGUGUCCAGAGGCUCAAUGGCAAACUUGUUCCAGGAUCAAAUCCUCCCAGAAAGUUCAAGCUGAACUAUGCAACAUAUGGGAAAAGGCCUGAGCCUGGGCCUGAGUUUUCUGUCUUUGUUGGAGACCUGACACCAGAAGUUGACGAUUAUCAGCUAUAUCAGUUCUUUCUGAAAAAAUACCCUUCAUGCAAAGGAGGCAAAGUUGUCACUGAUCCCUACGGAAAUUCAAAGGGCUACGGCUUUGUAAAGUUUGGUGAUGAGAGCGAGCAGAAGAAAGCGCUGGAGGAGUUUCAGAAUGCUACGGGUCUGGGGGGCAAAGCCAUCAGAAUCAGCAUCGCAGUUAACAAAAGCACCAAAUCAAACAGCUACCACAACCAGACCCAGAACUAUAACAGCAAUUACCAGCAGCAGUACUAUCAGCAGCCCUACAACAACUACUACCAACACUGGGGUUACGAUCAGUACAACAGCUACAACUACGGCUAUAAUCCUUAUGCGAUGCCGCCUCCUGUUCCUCAUGGGAUGAUGGGACCCCCUCCGCCAGUGGGAAUACCCCCCGUACCCCCUGACAUGCAGACCACCACAGAGCAAUCUCAAGAUGCCACUGAAGAGGCUGAGGAAGAGAACGAAGAACCAAACCCCCCGGUGGAUGUGGAGUCACUGAACAAGCAGUUCAUGGAGCGCAGUGAGGAGUUGUACGAGUCACUCAUGAAUUGUUACUGGCAGCCUUUAGAUUGCAUCACAUCUGAAAUAUCUUAGGAGUUUCUCCUGAUCGUCUCCUUUCUGUAAAUGUCGAACCCUUUCUACCCAACUCUAACUUUUCAAAAGAAAUUUACACACUUGGUCUGUUUCAUGUGCAAGUUGUUUUUAAUUUCUGUCUGAUUUCUGCAUCAUUUAAAUAAAGAUUGUCUUUUUACUACA